UAUUUUAUGAUUUCUCGUGUUUCUUUUUUACUCCUCUCCUCUCCUACCAUUGUUUUCAUUUUCUGAGAAAAGUGACUCCUGUGUGUGAUUCUCAUUCUGUGUGCGUGCUGACCUGAGAUCGCCAAACCGAACCAUGGGUUUCAGCGGUUCUUCUGGUUCACUCAAGCACCACAUGUCUCUUUUCUUUCUUCUAUGAACAUUGAAUCUUUGGAGCCGGUGCAAAUAAAUGAGCAAUUUUGGUUUCCUUUGCAUGUUCUGAUUGUUUCUGAGGUUUCAAUGUGGUUCUUUGAGAAUUCUAGGCUUAUUACCACAAGGAGUUACAUCUGAAGUCAUAAGCUAGAAGGGUUUUUUUGAAACUUCAGUUGAGCUCAAAGGGUUGUCCUACUUUGCUUGGAAGGAUUCAUAUGGCUCCCAGAGAAAAAGGAUUUGAAUUAGACCUUGAAAGUGGGGGGAGUACUAGUGAAGAAGAUGCAAGCUUAGAGCUUGUUUCAAGCAAAGGACCAAAAAAGAAAUUCUUGAGCAGUGAUUUGGGUGGGUUACAGAGUUCCAAUGAAUCAGUUGUGUGUACAUGUGGCAUUGAAUCAUCUAGCAGUUCAGAGAAAUCUGGUGAGGUUACAAAUGACAGUGUGGAGUUACUAAUAGAAAGGAAUUCAGAAGUGGGAGAGAAUCAAGGACAUAUGACCCUUGCAGAAAAGACAAGCGAGAAUGAGUGGCGUAGGAAGACCAACUCUAGGAAUGCACCUAAGCCACCACGACCUCCUAGAGGUCCAUCACUGGAUGCCGCUGACCAGAAGUUGGUUAGGGAGAUCACUGAGCUGGCCAAGAGAAAGCGUGCACGAAUUGAGCAAAGGAAAGCAGCAAAGAAGAUGAAAGCAUCAAAGUCAUCAUCUUUACAAAGUGGCAUAUCUGCUAUGAUCAUCACAUUACUGUUCUUCUUUGUCAUAAUCUUUCAAGGGAUAAGUUCCAGAAGCGUUCCAAAUGUGAUUAUGCAGGGGUCUCCUGAGCCAGCAGUCCUAACUGAAGGUUUAGUCUCAGUUCAAUUCUUCAAAAGCAGCCUACCCAAUUCUACUUAUCAAGGUGUCGUUGAAGACUAGGUUUCGUUGUUCAGGCACCGGUGAAGAGUUACUAAUGUCGCAGCAGUGCGUGGCUAUCUUUUUCUUUUGUAUAUAUAUGUACAGGCCUAUAACUGCAAGAGAUUUUGAGAAAGUUUUCUUGUACGGUGAGUUAAUUUUUUCGGUUAAUGAAUGAUUUUACUAAUAAGAAAUGAAUUGCUUGUGCUCAAUUAGUAAAA